UGAGUAGUUUACGUGUAUUUAUAUAAAAAGGUUAUUGUUCUUUAGCCUUUAUUCUGCGACGUUAUGUAUUGCAGAAAAAAACGUUAGGAAAUGGAAGCAUAUUCAUGCGAUGUAACAGUCAUUGGUGCCGGAGUAUCUGGAUUAACGGCGGCUUAUGAUAUUAGCAAGAAAAGACAUAACUGUAAAAUUAUAGUGUUAGAGGCAAGAGAUCGAGUUGGAGGUCGCUUGUGUCCAGUUUCUUUAAACGUCCAAAAUGGCAAAAAAGAAUUGUUUGACUUAGGUGGUCAAUGGGUUUGUAGACGACAAAAUAAUAUUUGUAAACUUAUCGAAAGAUUCAAGUUACAAACCUAUAAACAAUAUACAAAAGGAAGUAAAUUGAUAGAAAUCAAUCCUGGGGAUGUGACAAGUACCGACGAUGAAACGUCUUCUCUUGGUUUCAUAACAUCUAUGGAAAUAUUUCUUGCUUGUAAGAAGAUUGAAAAUAUGUGCAAGCAUGUACCGCUGGAUAAACCAGAAAAGGCACCAAAUGCAAAGGACUGGGAUGGAAUGACUGUAGAGACAUUCAAAAAUCAAACUCUUUGGACCAGGGACGCCAAAAAGAUAUUUGACAUAACUGUGAGUGCUAUGUUUGGUUUGAGUCCAUCACAAAUCUCCCUUCUCUUUUUCUUGCAUUUUUGCAAUACUUGUGGUGGUUUUCAGAGUUUGUUAGGAGGUGGAACACAAGAAAUGAAAGUUAAGGGUGGUUUGCAUCAAAUCUGUACGUCGUUACAAAAUGAAAUUGGAAAAGAAAAUAUUUUACUUACACAUGCGGUCACAAGUAUUCAACAGGAUGAUGAUAUGGUGAAGGUUCAUACUUCAAAUGGUAAAUGUUUUCAAUGCAAACACUGUAUUAUUGCUACCCCUUCAAAACUUGUCGACAAGAUUGAAUUUAGUCCUCCCUUGCCUUACGAGAGACGUAUAUUGACUCAACAGAUUAUCAUGGGCUGCUUCACAAAAUUUGUUGCAACCUACAAAACGUCAUUUUGGAGGCAAGCCGGUCUUUCUGGUCAGCUGACUCGUUACACAAACUCAAAAGAGUCAGCAAUGUCAUCACCUGUUGGUUUGGUCAAAGAUGCCGUGACGUCUGAAAAUAAUCCUGCCCUUGUGGGUUUUUUUACUGGCUAUGGAGCAAGUCUUUGGGCUGCUAAAUCGGAUGAAGAAAAAAAGCAUGCAGCUCUGGAGACUUUAAAAAGUUUUUUUGGUAGCAAAGCAGAGAAUCCGUUAGAUUUUGCCAUCAAGGAUUGGUGUCUCGAUGAAUGGAGUGGUAGUUGUUCAGUGGCAGUUAUGACACCAGGAGGAAUAACACAGUUUGGUGAUAUUCUUAAAAAACCCUUCAAAAGAAUACAUUGGGCUGGUACAGAUUUGGGAUCAACUUGGCGUGGUUACGUUGAUGGUGCUGUUGAGUCUGGUUUUCGGGCAGCCAAAGAAGUUCUUGAAAAGAUUUGAUAAUUUGAUACGAUCUGCAAUUAAUCUACACGACUACGAAGUACGAGAUAUUAUUGCUUAUAUACGUGAAUCUUACAAAUUAAAAAUUUCUUCAUGAAA